AUGCCUCCCAAAGCACUGAGACUGAGGAUAGUGCCUUCCUGCCUUUCAUCCUGCCGAUGGCUGUGCUCGUUUAAACCGCCACCUCUGUCCUCCCACGGCGUACCAACGGCUUCUGGGGGGCUCCUUGAAACUGCAUCUUGCACUAGCGGAGAUCCACAAGAUGCUGCUCUCGGGGAAGGGAAGAUUUUACCCGAUCUAAGGGUUGGGGUUUUGAUUGUUGGAGGCGGCCUCACAGGGCUUACCGCUGCCCACGAGCUACAGCGCAUGCAAAAGCCCUUUGUUGUUGUUGAGGCCGGCAGUGGUGUGGGUGGCUGUCUGGAGACACAACGCUCUGCAUGCGGAGCAUUCCUGUGGGAUAGUGGGGCUAACAGUUUUCGGCUCACGACGGAAACGCGACAGCUGGUCAAAGAGGUUGGUUUGGACGAAGAAUUGCUGACAGCCCCCAGGGAGGCCCCCCGCUUCGCUGCUGUGGGGGGUCAGUUGCUGCCCCUACCCCACUCCCUCCCAUCUCUCAUAUCUUCUUCCAUUCUCUCGUGGCGAGGGAAAGUGCAUCUGGCCAAGGGCCUUCUCUUUGGGGCAGACUCCUGGGUGCCACCACCACUGCGCACGCUGAAAAUACCGAGACAGGGACAGGUACAAGGCGACAUGAGGGACAGCCCGAAAGACCUCGAUUCUCCCACAGUUUCCGAAUAUGUACGUACAGUGCUCGGCACCGAGGUUGAAAGGAAGGUUGUAGGCGCGCUCGUCACAGGAAUCUACGCGGCAGACGGGGCCUCCCUCUCCAUGAGGCUGGCAUUGCCGGGUCUUAAGGCACUCCUGGACAGAGGACUCAUCAGGAGCCUCGCUGCAACUGCCGUCAGCCGCCUGGCGUCAUUCCUGAGUCCGUCUGAUUUUCCUGUUUCUUCUGUAGGGGCUUCACCCGCCAGCUCAGAGCAAGCGAGCCUCAGGCAGGACACGGCGGGAGGCGGAGGGAAGCGGCGGGGCCCCUCAAUAGCCAAUUUCCGGCAGGGCAUGCAUGCGCUAACGCUGCGCCUGGCAAACGCACUUCCUCCCAAGGCCGUGCUGCUGCGUUCCCACGUGUCCUCGCUCUUUCCCCUCUCAGACUUCAGACCGCAGGCAGACGGGUUUCUUGCAGUUAUCUCCACGCCAAACGCGGAGAGACGCAUUCUUGCAAGCCACGUGCUCCUCACAACGCCCCCGAAUGAAGCUGCUCGACUGCUAGGCACGGCUGGGGCAUCACGGAUUCCUCAGAAACAGGUUCUAGCAGGGGACGGACAGCUCGUGCAGCAAGGGCUGCUUAGCUCGACGGCAGUGCGGAUGCUGAACGCCCUACCCUUGUCUUCUGUAGCCCUGGUCACUCUCGCAUUAAGGCCAGCCACCAAUGAGAAGCUGCAGGGCCUUACGCCAAAUGGGUUUGGGUAUCUGGUGUCUCCCGCCGAGGCAUCGGCAGGAGGGUGGGAGACCAUGGGGGCCAUCAGCGUCUCUCGAAUUUUUGAAGGUAGGGCCCCCAAGGGUUUCGAGCUGUACACCGCCUUUUUGGGAGGCCCUUCCCACCCGGAAGCGAUCGCAGCCGCCGCAGCUGCUGCCGCCGGUGCGCCAGCAGCAGCGGCUGUUGUCCCCGUUCAUCAAUCCCCAGUAGCGGACUCUCCUCUUUUUACUGCGGCCUCAAGCCUCAAGGAUCUACACUCUCCGUCUGUUCCUCGGAAAUGGCAGGGCCCCCAGUAA